AUGCCGCCAAAAAGAAAGGGAAAUGUUUCACUGCCCAUUGCUUUGAAGAAGCCAAGAGUGAGUAUACACUCACCCGAAGAGAACAAAGCAUUUUAUCAGUCCACCAUCAAUUUGGUGUUGGACUUGCGUGAAGGAGAAGAACAGCUUGCAGCAGCUUUUAUCAAGCUACCAUCUAAGAAGUUAUAUCCUGAUUACUACCACCUCAUAAAGAGUCCUAUAUCCAUCAACGAGAUUCAAAAAAGAAUCAAUACAAGAUAUACAGGCGAGUCAACCGAUGAAUUCCUUGAUGAUUUCAAUUUAUUGCUCAAUAAUGCAACAGCAUACAAUGACGCGGAUUCCUGGAUUGUAACCAAUGCAAAGAAGUUAGUUGACUUCGUUACUGAUCAAGUUACAGAGUAUGAGAAUAGCGCACCAACUGCUGUAGAUGUUAAACAACCAAAGAUAAAGUUAAAACUAAAGAGUCCUGCGUCUGUUGUGCCAACAAACUCUGCCUCGCCAAAAGCUGAAGAGAUAGCAUUCGGUAAGUUGCCUGAAUUAUGCGCCAACCUUGUUAAAGAUGUCAUGAAUCAUGAAUUUGAAGAAAUUGGUGUUAUUAGUGGACCAUUUUUGGAGGAAGUUGAUCAAGACAUUUACACAGACUAUGCAAAUUUUGUGUCUAAACCAAUGGCUUUUAACACACUUUUAUCCAUGUUGGAAGCAAAAAAGUUGUUUAGUCCAAAGUACCCGUUACUCGAUAAUUUACGAAAAUUCCAUGACACUGCCACCCUCAUUUUUACCAAUGCUAGAGCUUAUAACAACGAGGAGUCUCAAAUUCAUCAGGACGCUGUACUUCUCCAAAAAUACUUCGAGGAGCAGUAUGAUAUUUUAAAGAAAAAAGUGGAAGCAACAGAUGUCGCUAAACAAAAACCUGCUAAAUUAAAGAUAAGCUUGAACAAGAAUUCAGAGAAAAAGGCUAAACGUACCAUAAACCAUGUUGAAGAUGAAGGCGAAGAUACUAUGGAUGAUGGGUUGGAUGACGCUUCAGGGAUUGACGACGACGAUUCAAAGGUAAGGGUUAAACUUGAAGAAGAUCGAGCAACACCUUCAGGUAAGCCCCCAGUUGAAAUUCAUUUGGACAAAACAAAUGACAACACUAUGGGAAAGACACUACCAACUCUUUUGGAAAGCAAUUCAAUCAUACAAGAGUCGUCCUUAUUUUCGUCACCAGCAAUCGUAUCUCACAUCACCAAAUACGCUCAAGAGAAGCUAGAUGCAUCUUUGUCAUUACAACCUCCACAAGACAUUGAAAUAAAGCAAGAUUUAUUUCCGGCUCAGUCACAACUGUCGAUUGCAACGUUGUUCUCCUACAAGGUGCCUGCAAACGGUUAUGUUGACCAGUCUUACACGGUAACAUUACCCAACGAUGUCCUGCCUUACGUGUCACUAAAGGCCUCCUUACACCACCUCCUAUAUCUUGCAAAGAAACCUGAUUUGACUGAUGGCCAUGGCUAUCUUAACCUGACAUCUGACGUUGAGUUUCAAUGCAGCUUAACUGUCAAUAAUGAGGUACUUAGCCAACCCAAUGAUUGUUUUGAAGAAAUAGAGGGUCACGAAAAUCUUUUGGCAGUCCAGUAUGACAUAAAGUUAGCAAAUGGUCUAAACAUGUUGACUUUUGAGUGCAAAGUAGCACCUUCAUUAAGUAGAAAGGUGAAAAAUACAGUCGUACAAGAGCAGACGGAUGAAUUAUCCGGAAGCCGACACACAAGACACCAACUCCAACAGAUGAAAAUGUCAUGGGACGUGGAAAGCAUUACCUUCUUUGUUGUUUGUAACAGCGCCAACUGA